GACAGACAGGAAUGUCACUGUUCAAUAAUGCCCUUAGCAGCCAGUAGGCCUGGGGUGCCAGGCACCUCAGGUAACUGUCCAGCAUGAUGAACUGAAGUGCAGUGGUCCUGGCCUUCUAGCUGUCUGUGAUGGCCCUGAGGGGACUGUGGCUAAUCAGCUGCGAACAAGGGGCCUGUGGAGCCGUGCUGUUCUCCAGGCGUUACCCCACAGUUGAAAAACGAGCAAAAGCCUUCAAUGGAGCAAGCUAUGUGACCGUACCAGAGGACAGUGUUUUUCUUAAAGCAUUGCUUUUUGAACUUAAGCUGACAGAUCCAGACAAGAACUUUGUGGAAUAUCGAGAUAGCUGUUCUCGAAUCAACAAGACUUCAGUGUAUGCGCUUCCAACAGGAGGAGGGGACCUUUGGCCAGUCCUUGCCUUUCAGAAGAGUGGUUUGAUAUAUGUUUGUCUUCCCCUAGUUGAGCAAUCCUUGAAGCCACGCCCACCCCUUAUUAGCAUUAGUGGAAUCUCACAAGCCUUCGCUGUCUUGUCAGGAUUGCUGGUCUUCAUUAACUCCAGUCAGAAGAAUGAAGCUGAGAUGAGUGCAAAAGUGGGCCAACUUCCAAGUUUGCUCAUGCAGGCCUGUCCACUUGGCACCCCAUUAGAUACAAACUUGAAUGGCUUAUUAGAUAACAUUCAUGUUUCUACAAACCACACACAGAAACAACCAGUUUGGAGAAUUAGCACAUACAAAGGCAAACCUCAGGUUAAUGUUUGUAUCACUGAAAAAGUCAAGUCCAUGCAAUAUGACAAAAGGGAUGUUGCAGAUAUGUGGCAAGUUUAUGGAACUGUGACUUGUAAGUGUGAUUUGGAAGGAGCUACAUCAAAUGUGACUGUCAGCUUGAACCUCCCUGCCAAUGGCUCUCCACUCCAGGAUAUCCUGGUGCAUCCCUGUGUGACUUCCCUUGACUCUGCAAUUCUUACUUCCUGUAGCGUUGAUGUCAUGGAUGAUUCUGCAUUUAGUGGGCCAUACAAACUUCCUUUCACUCCUCCUUCUGACUUAUUCAAUUUGUGCUACUAUACUUCCCAGGUGCCUGUACCACCAAUUUUGGGAUUUUACCAGCUGAAGGAAGAAGAAUUGCAAUUAAAAUUAACAGUUAAUUUAAAACUUCAUGAAAGUGUAAAAAAUGCUUUUGAGUAUUGUGAAGCUCGUAUACCUUUCUUUAACAGGGGUGCAGUCACUCAUUUGGAGUACAAAGUUAGUUAUGGCCAGCUAGAUGUAUCUCGAGAGAAAAGCUUAUUGGUUUGGGUGAUAGGACAAAAGUUUCCCAAAUCAUUAGAAAUUUCUCUGACUGGAACUGUGACUUUUGGUUCUAUGAGCAAAGAGCAACCAGUUGAUCCAAUUUGCAGUGGGAGUACUGCAUAUGUAAAACUUUAUUUUAGGAUCCCAGACUACACACUUACUGGAUGUUAUGCAGACCAGCAUUCUGUUCAGGUCUUUUCAUCAGGAAAACCAAAAAUAAGUACAUCCCGGGAAUUGAUUUCCUCCGAUUAUUACAUCUGGAAUUCCAAAGCCCCAGCACCUGUAGUGUACAGAACAUUAUUUUUCUAAUUUCCCUGUGAAGAAUUUUUGUAUUUGAACAAAAAAAGACCGCUAUCAAAAGUGAUGUUAAUAUAUUGUAAAGGGGGGGGGGCAGUAUUUUUAAUGAAUAUAUUUGUAUUUAAGUUCCUGUUUUGGGGGAAGACAUAUCAAUUUAUUUCAAUUAAAUUAAAUUUAUCUUGUUUGCUUUAA